UGCAUAUGUGUGAUUGUAAGUCUAAGGAUUGGACAUAAAAUGCUUAAUGAUCCAAAAGAAAGAGUAUUCUAGGGUGGAUAUGGAAUCCCAAAUCAAUGUGGUAAUAGGCGGCGAGUUGCAAGAACGCUUGAUACCGGUUCCCUAUAGCAAGAGCAACACUGAUCAAGCUAUACGUGUGGUGAACGCCUUCCGGCAAGGUCUUGACGCCCGUUACGGUGAGCACACCAACACUUCGCUGGCAGAGGUGCUGCGUAAGCAGACUUCGCUGAGCAAACGCCUAUCGGAGACAUCUUCCAUUGAUUAUGCUGAUAACAUACCCGAUGAGCUGACCAUACCCGAAAUCGAUGUUGAACGGUUAUCAUCGCACAGUCACACCGAAACUGCUGUUUAGAUG